CGGUACGCGUCCCCGUCAGUGAUGUGUUGGGUCCCUCCCUUCACUUCCAUGCUCGCCCCCGUAGGCGCGCCCCCGCCGCGGCCCGGUGUGUCCGCCAGGGGGCAGCUGUGUCGCGGUCUGAGGCUGCGCCGCUCCCGCUGCAUCACGGAGAGGAAAAUACCACCAGAUGGCGGUUUAGGAUUGCUGCUCUUCUCUCAAGGCGCGGUUCCGCUCGCACGGCCAAUUUUCAAUAUUAAAAUACGAACCAAAUUUAGACAAAAAUCGAUUUAUUAUCUCGGAAGGCGACGACCGAUUUGGCGAUGGUCGCUGAAGGAGCUGAAGAGAGCUAAGUGCCGGCAAGUUAAGCGCAGCCUAUCCCGGAGCCUCUCCUCCCUGCCCUUCCAGACCUCUUCCCCCCCUCCAGACUUGCCGACUUGUACCCUUCACCCUCUCACCCAAAAGCGUGCUCGGUCCUGAAGACACACACACACACACACACACACACAAAAAACAAGCCGCACAGGUCACCCGCUCCCCCACCGACCAGGAUGAUCACCUCGGAGCUCCCCGUCCUACAGGACUCGUCCAAUGAGUCUGGGGCAACAGACGCUGUUGGCUUAAGUAUGAGCAUGAGUGAGCUGGAAGAGACCGAGGUGAAGGGCAAGAAGAAGAGAGGAAGGCCUGGAAAACAAGCACCGACGACCAACAAGAAGCCGCGGAAGGCGCCGGUGGACAAGUCGAUGGGCGUGGCCAGAGGGCGAGGGAAAGCCAACGGCGUGGCUCAGCACAACGGAGACGGCGGAGACCCCGUCACUCUGUUCGAAGUGGUCAAAAUGGGCAAGAGUGCCAUGCAGUCUGUGGUGGACGAGUGGAUCGAGUCGUAUAAACAGGACAGAGACUUGGCUCUGCUGGACCUUAUCAAUUUUUUCAUCCAGUGCUCGGGUUGCAAAGGCACCGUGAGGAUUGAGAUGUUCAGGAACAUGCAGAAUGCAGAGAUCAUCCGGAAGAUGACCGAGGAGUUUGACGAGGACAGUGGGGAUUAUCCUCUGACCAUGCCAGGCCCCAUGUGGAAGAAGUUCCGCUACAACUUCUGCGAGUUCAUCAGCGUUUUGAUCCGCCAGUGUCAGUACAGCAUCAUCUACGACGAGUACAUGAUGGACACCGUCAUCUCCCUCCUCACCGGACUGUCCGACUCCCAAGUGCGAGCCUUCAGACACACCUCCACGUUAGCAGCGAUGAAGCUGAUGACAGCGCUGGUAAAUGUGGCGCUGAACCUGAGCAUUCACCAGGACAACACCCAGAGGCAGUACGAGGCCGAGAGGAACAAGAUCGCCGGCAAACGGGCCAACGAGAAGCUGGAGCUGCUUCUGCAAAAGAGGAAGGAGCUCCAGGAAAACCAAGAUGAGAUAGAGAAUAUGAUGAACUCCAUCUUCAAGGGCAUCUUUGUGCAUCGUUACAGGGAUGCGAUCGCUGAGAUCAGAGCCAUCUGCAUCGAGGAGAUCGGAGUGUGGAUGAAGAUGUACAGCGACGCGUUUCUGAACGACAGUUACCUGAAAUACGUCGGUUGGACACUACACGAUAGGCAAGGAGAGGUGCGUCUGAAGUGCCUGAAGGCUCUGCAGAACCUGUACACAAACCGAGAACUGUUCCCCAAACUAGAGCUUUUCACUAACCGCUUCAAGGACCGAAUAGUUUCCAUGACACUGGAUAAGGAGUAUGACGUGGCUGUAGAGGCCAUCAGGCUGGUUACGCUCAUCCUGCAGGGCAGCGAGGACGCGCUGUCCAAUGAAGACUGUGAGAAUGUGUACCACCUGGUUUACUCUGCUCACCGGCCUGUAGCUGUCGCUGCUGGAGAGUUUCUUCACAGGAAAUUGUUUAGCCGCCAUGAUCCACAGGCAGAAGAGGCCCUGGCCAAGCGUAGAGGGAGGAGCAGUCCCAACGGAAACCUCAUCCGCAUGCUGGUGCUCUUCUUUCUGGAGAGUGAGCUCCACGAGCAUGCGGCGUACCUGGUCGACUCCCUGUGGGAAAGCUCUCAGGAGCUGCUGAAAGACUGGGAGUGUAUGACCGAGCUUCUCCUGGAGGAGCCCGUGCAGGGAGAAGAGCUGUUGUCAGACAGGCAGGAGAGCGCGCUGAUAGAGCUGAUGGUGUGCACCAUCCGGCAAGCGGCAGAAGCACACCCACCUGUUGGCAGAGGCACCGGCAAACGGGUGCUGACUGCGAAGGAGAGGAAGACUCAGAUAGAUGACAAGAACAAACUGACCGAGCACUUCAUCAUGGCUCUGCCCAUGCUCCUGUCCAAGUACCAGGCAGACUCGGAGAAGGUGGCCAAUCUGCUGCAGAUCCCUCAGUUUUUCGACCUGGACGUGUACAGCGCCGGGCGCAUGGAGAAGCACUUGGACGCCCUCCUGAAGCAGAUCCGUCUGGUGGUGGAGAAGCACAUCGAGAUAGACGUGCUUGAGGCCUGCAGCAAGACCUACAGCAUCCUCUGCUCGGAGGAGUACACCAUCAUGAACCGCGUGGACAUCGCCCGCUCCCAGCUCAUCGACGAGAUGACCGAUAGAUUCGCGCACUCGGUCGAAGAGCUGCUGCAAGAGGCUGAGGAGGCCGACGAUGACGAUAUCUACAACGUGUUAUCGACACUCAAGCGACUCACAGCUUUCCACAACGCUCACGACUUGACGCGGUGGGACUUGUUCGGGAACUGCUACCGGCUGCUGAAGGCGGGCAUCGAGCAGGGCUCCAUGCCGGAGCAGAUAGCCGUCCAGGCCCUGCAGUGUUCCCACUACUCCAUCCUCUGGCAGCUGGUCAAGAUCACGGAGGGGGCUCCCAGCAAGGACGACCUGGUGGCUCUCAGGAGGGUGGUCAAGUCUUUCCUGGCCGUGUGCCAGCAGUGCCUGUCCAACGUCAACACACCGGUAAAAGAACAGGCCUUCAUGCUCCUCUGCGACCUGCUGAUGAUCUUCAGUCACCAGCUGACCUCCGGCGGCAGGGAGGGCCUCCAGCCGCUGGUGUUCAACCCAGACAGCACUCUGCAAAACGAGCUGCUGAACUUCGUCCUGGACCACGUCUUCAUCGACCAGGACGACGAGAGCCAGAGCAUGGAGGGAGACGAGGAGGACGAGGCCAACAAGAUCGAGGCUCUCCACAAGAGGAGAAACCUGCUCGCUGCUUUCUGCAAACUCAUCAUCUACGACAUCGUAGACAUGCCCGCUGCUGCCGACAUCUUCAAACACUAUAUGAAGUAUUACAACGAUUACGGCGACAUCAUCAAAGAGACUCUCAGUAAAACCAGACAGACGGACAAGAUUCUCUGCGCCAAGACGCUCAUCCUCAGUCUGCAGCAGCUGUUCAACGAGCUGCUGCAGGAUCAAGGUCCCAACCUGGACCGGACGUCGUCCCACGUGAGCGGCAUCAAGGAGCUGGCCCGCCGCUUCGCCCUCACCUUCGGCCUGGAUCAGAUCAAGACCAGGGAGGCUGUGGCCACGCUGCACAAGGAUGGAAUAGAGUUUGCAUUUAAGUACCAGAAUCCCAGAGGACCAGAUUUACCUCCCAUCAACUUGGCCUUCCUGGAGGUCCUGAGCGAAUUCUCCUCCAAACUGAUCCGCCAAGACAAAAAGACGGUCCACUCUUACCUGGAGAAGUUCAUGUCGGAGUCGAUGUCGGAGCGUCGGGAGGACGUGUGGCUGCCGCUCAUCUCCUACAGGAACAGCCUGCUGACGGGAGGAGACGAAGACCACAUGUCCGUAACGUCGGGCUCCAGCAGCAAGACCGGCUCGGUCCGCAGCAAGAAGGGACGGCCGCCGCUUCACAAGAAACGCAUCGAAGAGGAGAGCAGCGUGGAAGGCUCGUGGUUGAUGCGUAAUGACACCCUACAGACACCGGGGGCGCUUCAGACUCCUCAGCUCACCUCAACAGUCCUCAGAGAGAACAGACCAGCGGAACACAUGCCCGACCCAGACUCAGAGCCCGGGUCAGAGAACGACUUCGUACACAAUCCUCAGAUGCAGAUGUCGUGGCUCGGCCAGCAGAAGAUGGAGGAGGUGAACAGGAAGGACCGAACGGGCAUGAACUACAUCAAGUCACGCAGCAAUCAGGGCGUCCGGCAGACUGUGCGCGGGCUGAUGGAGGACGACGCAGAGCCGAUCUUUGAGGACGUGAUGAUGUCGUCGCGGGGUCAGCUGGAGGACAUGAACGAGGAGUUUGAGGACACCAUGGUGAUCGACCUGCCACCGUCAAGGAACAGACGCGAAAGAGCGGAAUUAAGACCGGACUUCUUUGACUCUGCAGCGAUGAUUGAGGACGAGUCGGGAUUCAGCAUGCCCAUGUUCUGAUGUGGAAAGACGAAAAAGAUCCUGAGAUCGGGAUCCAAAUCAGGAGUAAAAACAGAAGACGGGGGGGAGGGGAGGGGGACAGUUUUUGGGACGUCUAACCCACAUCGCCUGCCAAUCAAACUCUUAAGAAGAAGAAGGAAAAAAAAACAUUGUCGAAGUACCUUUUCUCUUUCCUCUGAGACGUGAUGGAAGCGUGGUUGACGGAUGGAUCUCACCUUAAAGCGAGGAUCUGCUCUUUCAGACGUGCCGGAGGAUCCGCAGUCUACUCCGAAAUGAUCCGAGGGCCUCGUCCUGCUCGUAUUCUUCCUCUGCAGCUUGUUGGUUUAGGUCUCGUUAGCGGGUAGCUCUGAUGGCGCUACGUAAACCCUGCAGCCGGCCCAUCGAGUCCUUGCAGUUUUUAAACAGUUCCUCGUUACACAGAUUGUUUGCUUCGGCUCCUGGUCAGCAGCGUAACACUCUGUACAGCCCCCACCCCACCCCAUCCCAACCCCACUUCUUUUGGUGUUGCACUUCGAUCCGUCUGGUCCAACAUAGAGAGGAUCUCAGUACUAAAUGUUCUAUAUCUUUGCUCUUAUUACCACCCACUGACCCCUCUCCUCUCCUCUCCUCUCCUCUCCUCUCCUCUCCUCUCCUCUCCUCUCCUCUCCUCUCCUCUCCCCUCCUCUCCCCUCCUCUCCCCUCCCCUCCUCUCUCUGUUCGCCAUCUCUGAGUCCGUGUAUGUGGUGAUGCUGGUGUGUGACGUGCGUGUAAAGUGUUGGUGGUGGUGGUGGUGGUGAUGAUGAUGACUGUUGAAUAGUGGCACAUGCACGCAGAGGUUGACAGCUGUAGGCCGACCCGGAGGAAGCGACGUCUUGUGUGUGAGUGGCGUCGAAGCGAAGCGAGUGUUGUUGUUUGACAGACCUUCUCAAAUCUUGGAAAAACUUCUGCGCACACACACACACCCACACACACCUGAGUAACGGCUUUUUGAAGUAAAAGGAAAAAAAAAAGUUUUAAAAAAAAAAAAGACAAACAUAUUUUCAAUUCUGUAGCUUUAGUACUAAAGUUUUAAAAAUCAAGUGUGUUUUUUUGUUUUUGUCUGAUGUUUGUACAGCUUUUUUCUUGAAUACGUAUCUUGUUUGUUGCCAAAUCGUGGCCUACAUACUUACAGUAUACCCCUCCCACACACACACACGUGUAAUGUUCAGUAUUACAGCAGAUGAUCUGUUACCGUUACAGGUGAAGCCUUUGUUUUGUUUAGUUUUUUUGCACCUGCACACAGUGUUACCCGAUCUGCGGUUCGCUCUCAUUGUUCAUAUCCAGCGCGACGAUGGUUCUUUACGAAGUCGUGACAGAUUUGUUUGAAUGUGUUUUGAAUGUGUAUUCACCCCCUCUGUUGGUCAGUCAGUUAUUUACAUCCUCUGCUCAUCGGCUGGUUUGGCAGUCCUGUAAAUAUCAAGAGACAAUUGGAUCUUUUCUGCAGUGCAGUUGACAUCAGUUGCCCUAAAAUACUCUAAAAGCCUGUUUUGUUUCUUCUUUUUUUUUGUUUUCUUUUCUGUGAACUAAAUUCUUUUUAAUAAAAUAAAAUCUGUAAUCAA